AUGGCGACAAUACCUACCAACCCAACCUCAUCUACAAUAUUGGGCGCCGAUAUACGCCCACGUUCUGACGCUGGAAUAAACUCUUCCAGUGCAUGGACAGAGCAUUUGGAUCGCUAUUCAUUAUCAGAUGACGAGCCUGAGCCAACAGGUGAACUGCAGCCAAUUGAAGAGACCGCCGAAGCAGCGCGUGCGCUCUAUGACUUUGAAGGAAAGGUCGAAUUCGGGGAACUGACGGUCGAGGCUGGAGAUGAAUUGAAUAUCUUGAAGGAAGAAGCCGGUGAUGGCUGGAGUUUGGUGAGAAUGAGCUCUGGUGAAGUAGGGUUGCUACCUCAGGCAUAUUACACGGCGAGUACCGAUCGCUCGAUGCUCUGCACGACUAGUUUUCUUUCUGCACCGCUAGCCGUUCACGGGAGGAAGGAACCGUCUACCAGUACGAUCACCCCACAAGCACCUCUCCAGGAACAGUCAGCGCCGCUUUAUAUCAUCCCUCAGGAUAUUGGUGAAUGGACAAUCCCUCUCUCAAGUUUCCAGCAAAGCCUUCUCCGAGGCAAGAGUUUGAAUCGGUUCUCUGGGUUCGUGACGAGUGGCGCAGAAGAGUGGGUUCUCAAGGGCUAUGCCGAUCCAGCUGCUUCAAGUUCAUCCUCUUCACACCAGCGGAUCUCUACGGAAGACUCCAUCAACGAAGAUAACAGGCUCAGUAGACUUGGGUUUGGGGAAGCAGACAGGCACUAUGUUGACGCUGGUCCUACAUGGCAAGAGAAAGUUCCGAAGUUCCGAGUAUUGGUUCACUCACCUUCGAAACGCACGUCGGGCCUUUCAGGAGCAUAUACCGUGUAUAGUGUCACUUCACUUUUUUCUCCGACUACGGAUGAAUCUUAUGAUCCAUACAUCCCACCGAUCUCUCCUACCCGCAUAACAGUCCAACGGCGGUUUUCCCACUUCGUCAUGUUACACACUUCGCUGACUAGACGUCUUCCUGGAAUCGCGCUCUCACCACUUCCUGCGAAACAGUAUGCUGGGCGGUUCAGCGCUGAUUUUGUUGAGGCUCGUAGAGGCGAACUUGAGAGAUAUAUUGGGUGCAUUGUGAGGCACCCUAUUGCACGAUAUGCUGAAGUCGUCACGUCUUUUCUCGGUUGCGAAAGUGACGUGGAAUGGAAUCGGCUUAUGCCCCAAUUACUUUCAAUGCCUGCUGCUGGGCCAUCAUUCUUUGCACAUGUUUUUCAUCCCGCAUUUAACGUGGACGUGGAUGAUGCCACAGAAGCGACCGAUCGCUUCAGUCGUCACACCCUUGCAGUGGGCAAGGGCACACAGAACUUGAGAAAUAUUUUUGGUCGCAUUCGUGAAGCGAGACUGGAGAUGUCGAAAGCCGAACGAUUGUUGUCGUAUUCAUUGUUGUCCUUGAUUACGUCGAUACCUCUGUCUUCUGCUCCCCUGAUCGGGAUCAACGAGGGUGCUGAGGACACGCCUACACAAAGAAACGGCCUCUUGAACGAAGAAGGAGCUUGGUGUUGGCGUGAAGGCUGUCAAGAUUGUCUGAAGCUCACAAAAGCGAUGCAAAAAACAUCUGAUGCUCUGCAGAUUGCCGCAGACCUGUAUGACGAUCAUGCGCGGCGCACCCAGCUUGCGACUCAUGAAGCACUCAAGAGAGUUGCUCAUCCCUACCAAUCGUAUGAGGGAAUCAUUGAAACCCACCAAUCUACGGUCUCGAGAUAUAAAGAUGCACUCAAAAUGGGAAAGUCGAACGAUGAGAUGGCCGCACGCUGCGAAACCGUCUUGAAUACUACGAUGGCCGAGAUGGACACAUACCACGACCAAAGAGUGGAGGACUUCAGCACAAUAACCAAGGAGCACCUCGAUGGAGAAAUAAACUUUUACGAGCAGGUCCUGCACAGGUUGAAAGCGGCGCGAAGCACCUUCGACGCUCCGCGUUUUGACGAGCUGAGCAGGUCGCCGCGCCAACCUUCAAGAUACGAACGGGAUUUAGAAGCCCCGAAGCUAAAUCCUCCACCAUUGCCACAGCCCUGCCCUCAUGUCUAUGACUCAGCGCCUAUGAGACCAGUGAAUGCGGCAAUACAGGAGGGAAUCGGAACGCUACUGGGAAAGUCCCAGCCUGUUAGGAGUGGGAGUCUUUUGGGGAGAAUGUGGGCUGAAUAAAUUACCUGGUGCGAUGUCAAAGCUGUUACUUAUUACAAUUACUGACAGCUACAGUCAACUUGCAAAUUGGUCGAGCAGUGUGUUUUGAACAUUUUGCAUAUUAUUACACGGAAUGAUAUAUAAUGUGAAGUCCCCCCGG